AUGGCUUCGCAAAACGCAAACCGCCCCGAAGUGGGCGACAUCCUGAUUGUCAUCCACGACUUCCAAGCUCGCAGUUCCGAUGAGUUGACAAUGUCAAAGGGCGACCGCAUCGAGCUUCUUGAACGCGACGACGAGUUUGGUGAUGGCUGGUUCUUGGGCAGGCACACUGGCAAUGGCAACACCGGCCUGUUCCCAGAAGUAUAUACACGCCCGGCUCCCAAAAACACGACGACGCUUCCCCAGUACACGACGCCAAAGCCAACCUACAAGCCUGCGAACGAACUUGCCACGGAUUCCACUACGGGCCAGGCCGAGAACAGCCAGAAUGCCGCCGCCGCCACGCCCGCGACGCUUCCUCUGAACACCCCUUCGAGCCAGCCGGCAGGCAUUGGCAGCCCCAGCUUCGGUGCGACUCGGCCGACCGCCAGCCAAGACAGCCAGGUCCUGAGCGACACGAUCAACGUUAUUAACGAGCACAUCACGGACCUGAAUACGGCUCCGGGCAGCGCUUCCCUGCGCAAUGGUAACGACUCCGGCAGCGAGUACAGCGCUACUUUCGACAACCGGGUUUCCUACAUCCAGGGAGAGGAAACGGACGAGGAGGAGGGCGAACCGACGUACACGCGCCAGGAGGUCGAGGCAUGGACUCCCGACCAGGUCGCCGAGUAUCUCUUCACUGUAGGCGUGGAGAAGCACCACUGCGAGGUUUUCCGGGAUCAGGAGAUCACGGGCGAAGUCCUGCUGGGGAUGGACCAGACUUCGCUCUUUAUUAAGGCUCUGGAUCUGGGGUCUGUGGGCCGCAGGCUGAAGACUUGGCAGAAGAUCAAGCAGCUCCAGGAUGAGGUCAAUGGCGUCGGCGGUGGCUCGAAUAGAACGACUGGGAGGUAUGGUAGCGAAGCAGGGUCUGAGGCAGGGAGGAACCGCAGUAGGACCAAUACGGUUACAGGCUCGAGCCAACAGCAGCGCUACCCCUCCGGAAGAAGCGAGCAGCCUCUCGCCAUCCACACCAAGCGCCUGUCGCAACCGAAACUGGACUCUUACGAGCCCGUCUCACCCGUCUCGCCGCUGGUCGAGAGCGCACCCCGUACGUACCACGACAAACGCCCCUCGGCUGCAUCUGUCCGAGAUUUGCACCACUCCCGUCGCCACUCUUCGACUGACUUCCGCUAUCCAGGAACCACAGCUGGUACGCAGUCCGCGGCCCCCAAAGGCCCUGCUGGUGCUUCGGCGGCCAUGCGGCACGACGGCUCGCACAAGAAGCAGCCCUCUUUCGACCGGAACUGGACCCUGGGCAGUGCCGGCCAUCGCCCGCCCUCUUCGGGUGGUCUUGACGACGAGCUGGACGAUCCCCCGGCGGGCAGGCUUCAAGACUCGGCGGUUGAGCUGGAUCGCGGCUAUUUCUCGGGUCCCGACACCGACUCCCGGCACCGCGGGUUGGCCAAGAAGCGUGACAGCGCUCAGUCUCCCAAGACCAGUUAUGCGGAAGAGCAGCGGGUGCGCAGCGGCACGGCGCUAUCGAGGCACUCGAGGCUCGGUAGUGUCGAGUCGCUUUCUCCGGCCGCCCAGAAGUAUUACGGCGUGACCAACAAGCGCACCUCGUCCAAUACCACGCAGGAAUCGCUGCGCCAUCUGUCGACAGGAGCCAAGGAGACGACGACACCGACGGUCACCCGGCUCGAUAGUACCGCCUCGGACCAGUCGCGUUCGUCCCCCAAGUCGGCUAUCAAGAGGCUCAGCCAGGUCAAUCACCCCGAUUUCAAUGUCGGCAUGAUGCUGCGCAGCGGCUUCAGCGGGCUCCGGGCUGCUUCGGAUGCGGUCACGGGCAGCGAGAAGGCCAAGCUCGAGUCACCGGCUAAGGAUUCACCCAUGUACUCGCCGGCUAGGACCGGUUCGAGCACGCCUUCGGCCGGACCGAGCUUCGAGUUUGAAUCUCCCGACACGACUACCCCCAGUGCCGGCAAAAGCCCGAGCGUCAUGACUGGCGGGUCGGCGGCGACCACGACGGGCGCGACUAGCCGCGGCGGGCGCAAGAAGACCAAGCAGGAGACGAGUGCCUACACGCGCGGCCUACAGCGCAUCAGCCCGCGCGAGGCGAUCAAGGAUGCUGAUUUUAGCGGCUGGAUGAAGAAGCGCAGCGCCAAUCUCAUGGCGACGUGGAAGCCGCGGCUGUUUGUACUCAAGGGCCGGCGCCUGGCAUAUUACUACUCGGAGGACGACGAGAUGGAGCGCGGGCUGAUUGACAUCUCAUUCCAUCGCGUGCUGCCUGCAGAUAAUGAGCGUUUGACUGGGUUGCAUGCUACGCUUACCGGUGCGGCGAGCUCAUCUGUCGCGCCGCCGGGUAGCGAGCAUCUCCAGACGAGUGCUGAGACCGAGGCUGCGCAGAGUUCUCGGCCGGGCGAGGAUGAUGGCGAUGAUCAGGUGUUCAUCUUCAAGCUUGUUCCGCCGCGCGCUGGCCUGUCGCGCGCGGUGAACUUUACUAAGCCAACUGUGCACUACUUUGCUGUGCCGAACGUCAAGCAAGGCAGGCUGUGGAUGGCCGCGCUGAUGAAGGCAACCAUUGAUCGUGAUGAUACUCAACCCGUCACAUCGACGUACCAGCAAAAGACGAUUUCGCUGGCCAAGGCUCGGCAGAUGAGGCAUCGCCCGCCGGCGUUGAUGGGGCUUGAUGAGGGGGACAAGAAGGGGGAGGAUAAUAAGAAAGGGGAGGGAAAGAACGGGCUGGGGAUUCAUUAUAGUGAGGAUGGGGGUAAUGAGAGCGGGUUGGGUAUGCCGCGGGCACCGCAGAGUGCUCUGCCGGGGACAGGAUCCGGAGCGAGUGGUAGGGGUUUCGGGGGGCUGGGUGAGAAGGAGUCGUCGUUGCUGCCGCAGAGUGCUUAG